AUGAACGAGAACAGGCAUAAAAAUAUUGUGCUCUUUGGAGAGACGGGAGCAGGCAAAAGCUCUCUUAUCAACCUCAUGGCGGGAGAACAGGUAGUGCACGUAUCUCCUGACACGCAAUACUGUGUGAUGCAGUGGAAAGAGUACACCAUCGGUUUCGGCGACGAGUCUUAUAAGGUCUUCGAGACCAUCGGACUCGAGGAAUCGCAACUAGGAAUCGAUGACUACUUACAAGCUAUUGAGGACGUCUAUCGGUUCAUCAAGGAAUUGGAUAGCCUUGGCGGCAUUGAUCUCCUUCUAUUCUGCAUUCGCGCCGGUAACAUCACUGCUACGCAUCAAAGCAACUACCAGCUCUUUCACGAAUUCCUCUGCGAGAGGAAGGUUCCCAUUGUUCUUGCGAUCACGAACCUCGAAAGAGAGCGAAUGAUGGAGAAUUGGUGGGAGAGAAACGAGAGGACCUUCGCAAAAUAUCAGAUUCAGGUCGCUGAUCAUGCGUGCAUCACUGCCGUCAAUAGAUCGGACGCGAGACACAGAGACCUUUAUGCAGAAUCGCGCAUCACGAUCCGCAGCCUUGUUGAAAAAUUUACUGCCGACGGACAGAAGCAAGCAUGGGUAGGAGGGGGCGACUUGUUCGUGUCGUUGAUGCGCAAGCUGAAGGGUAAUGAGUUGAUACUAAGUAUAGUUCAACCGCCGUCCGUGGAAGUCCGUAGCCCUAGAUCUAACAUGAACAUCGUUAUCUUUGGAGAAACAGGAUCAGGCAAAAGCUCCGUCAUAAACCUCAUGGCCGGCCAACAGAUUGCGCACAUAUCGCCCGACUCUCACCGCUGCACCCUGCAAUGGACGGAGUACCCGAUAACCUUCGAAGAUGGGACUCAAUAUCAGGUGUUUGACACUGUUGGCCUUGAGGAGCCCCGUCUACAAACCGGAGAAUACCUCUCCACAAUUACAAACGCAUGUGGCCUCAUCAAUACCUUAAGAGCGCGUGGAGGUGUCAACCUCUUGCUCUUCUGUAUACGUGGAGGUAGAGUCACGGCAACCAUGCAGAGAAACUACAGGUUAUUCUUCGAAUUUCUCUGUGAGGAAAAAGUCCCGCUCGCGCUAGUCGUCACAAACCUCGAGAGGGAGACAAACAUGGAAGAUUGGUACACGCGGUAUGCGGAUCACUUGGAGAAGUAUAACAUUAGGUCCGCAGGACAUGCAUGCAUAACCGCGGCGAAUUCUCUCGACGGGAGGCAUAAAGACAAGUAUGUGGAGUCGCGUGGAAUACUCCGUAGAGUGGUUGAGGCUCAUUGCAACGCACCCAUGGAAGGGUGGACCGGUGGACAAGGACGGCUUGCUUCGUUGGACUUUGUAACUGGCCGUUUCAAGAAGACGGAUAUCAUUGGGAUUCUCACAAAACGACGCGGAAUGACCAAAGAAGUGGCUCGGCAGGUGGCACAGCAGAUCAAAGGCGACAGCCUACUGCAGGAGACGGAUAUCAUUGGGUUUCUCACAAAACGAUGCGGAAUGACCAAAGAAGUGGCUCGGCAGGUGGCACAGCAGAUCAGAGGCGACAGCUUACCGCAGACGAUGAAUCGGAUCCACGGUAACACGCCAGUCUCUUCAGCCAUAAGAGUCACAGGUCUACAACAGGUUCGUGAACUGUGA